AUGUGCGAAUCAGUGACGCGCCGGCUGCUGGGCAUCUGCUUCCCGCAGCUGAGGUACCUGCUGGGUGGCACACAAGGAGAGUCGUGCUCAAUCCACUUCAUCCACCAAGUGCAGGACGCCUUUCCUCCUUCGGAAGAUAACGCCAUUGAAGCUAUUGAUGAAUUUGCUUUUUUGGAAGGUGCCGGAGCCAUCGGCAGAGAGGACGAGCAAAGGAACCUGUUUGCAGAGAGGGGCUGCUGCAGGAGGCAGAGCCAUUUCCUCCACAUCGGGCAUGAUGUCUCUGGCAGUCCUGUCAGCAUGGAUGUUGGAAAGUGCCGGUCCAGCUGCCUGUCCCAGCGGAUCAACUCCCCUGACCCAGGCCUCCUGGGGCCCUCCAGACACUCCUCCAUGCUCGAUUUCCUUAGAAGCAAGAAGCUGCAGGUCAGGCGCCCCGACUCACCGCUGCGGCCAGGAGCCCCACGCUCCUGUCCUGCAGGUUCCUGCUGCGAGCCUGCCCGUGUGCACGUGGAGCGGCUCCUGCUCUUCGAAGGUGUUCGGGAGGUGGAGGUGGUCGACGGCUGUCACUGCAGCACAUGCCCUGAGGAAUGCCUCCGUCUCCCAGCUCUGAAAACCUUCUUUCCAGACUCUCCCUGGGAGGUCACAAUUGAUGUGGGGAAAUGUUCUGACCCAACCUACAGUGGACUUUUCUGCAUGCCCACAAGGUUCAACACUGCUCUAGUCAAAAACCCACAAGGUGGGGAGGUAGUUCAGACGCUGGAGAACUGUGAAAUGAAGGAAAAAUGCUAUCGCAUUUCCCAGGUGGAAUAUUAUUAUGAAAUUGUGCACAGCUCUGCAGGACACAGGGAAGAGCGGCUCAAGGAAAUUGAUGUGGGAAGGUGCUUGGGCAGCUGCUCCUCGGGGGAUCCCUGCUUGCUUAGGGAGUCACAAGGUGAAGAUAAAUGUCUGGUUUGGGCAGAAGCUGCCCCCAGCCGCUGCGCCCCUCACCGCUAUGACGUACACACGUUCAGGAGCCGCCGAGACCGCGUUCGCACCGUCAUUGCCAUCCAGCAGUGCAAGUGCAGGGGGUAG